UAGCGCUAGCUCAAGAAGACAGCUGGCACGUGAGCCAUUUCAGUGGCUUGAUACUGUUUUUUAUUUCGACAUGCAUCUCUCCGAUACGACAUCUUUUUCUGAGAUUAAUAAGAUGUAUCCCGGGUAAAACAAGAUGCCAGCUGUGAGCUCAACGACAGCUGCUGGAAUAGUUAACCCAUGCCUUGUGGUAACUUACUGUAACUAACCGCUUUGCAGCGUGCUGGCAUGCUUUGUAAAAUAUAUUUUUACUAUAUCGCAUUACAAAUUAGAAUGAGAGUUUUAUCAAUUUAACCGAGUUCACUAAACUGUCACUCGUAAAAAUACAAACAGUAGGGCUAUCUGUAUGGUUGGCAAAACGGAGGUGUGGCAUGACGCCAGAGUUUUAGACUGACAGGAAAACUCCCCAAAUUUGGUGCUGCUUCCUGCAUCGCUGUCGGUCAUCAUGAUGCGCCUUUACCGCGUGCUGGAGCGUUUACGCGCGCCUGAGAACUUGGCGCGUCACCGACACUGCAACCGAAUCACCGAACUGUCACUCAGGUUUUCCAGCACCGAAGCUGCUCCGCGGUUCCGAAGAAUGGAGUAUCAGGAUGCAGUGUGCACCCUCAACACCCUGCAGACAAACGCCAGUGCACUUGAACAGGUGAAGAGAGAGAGGGGUCAUCCUCAAAUCCAGCUGCAGGCCAUGAGAGGCUUUCUUCAGCGAGCCGGUCUCAAGGUAGAAGAACUUGAUCAACUUAAUAUCAUUCAUGUAACGGGGACAAAAGGAAAGGGUUCAACAUGUGCCUUCACAGAACAGAUUUUGAGAAAUCAUGGCUUCCGCACAGGAUUUUACAGUUCUCCUCAUCUGGUUGAAGUGAGAGAGCGAAUCCGAAUCAACGGGAAGCCAAUCGGCAAAGAGCUCUUCACAAAAUAUUUCUGGCAGGUGUACGGACGACUGGAGGAGACGAGGGAUGCUCAUGGAGGAAGCAUGCCUGCAUAUUUUCGCUUUCUCACAAUCUUAUCCUUCCAUGUGUUCCUCCAGGAGAAGGUGGAUUUGGCCGUGAUCGAGGUUGGGAUCGGUGGGGCGUAUGACUGCACUAACAUUAUCAGGCGGCCUUGGGUGUGUGGGAUCUCAUCUUUGGGUAUAGAUCACACCAGCAUACUGGGAGAUACCAUUGAGAAAAUUGCAUGGCAAAAAGGAGGAAUAUUUAAGCCUGGAGUUCCUGCAUUCACAGUGAAACAGCCUGAUGAUUCGAUGAAGGUGCUUCAAGAGAGAGCAGAAGAAAUUGGGUGUUCACUAUCAGUUUGUCCUGAUCUGGACGAGUAUAAAAGUGAAGGUUCGCUUGCAUUGGGUUUAGCCGGACAUCAUCAACGCUGUAAUGCUUCUCUGGCCUUACAGCUCUCACACGCCUGGUUACACAGACGCUUUCUCACAGAUCCUGCUUCAUCUCCAGUGGAGUUCAAUGGUUUGAAUCCAGCUCCAGCGUUUCAGCCCAGUCCUGCAAUGAUCAAAGGUCUUAUGGAGACGAAGUGUCCUGGACGUAAUCAGACAUUGAAACACGGACCCCUGACGUACUUUCUGGAUGGAGCUCACACCACCCGCAGCAUGCAGGCCUGUGUCCGUUGGUUUAAUGAGGUUGCAACACAACAUGAGGAGAACGCAGAGGGUCCGGUGGUGAGGGUCCUCUUAUUUAAUGCGACAGGAGAGAGAGACUGUGCUGCUAUGCUUAAACUACUUGUGCACUGUCAUUUCGACUUUGCCGUGUUCUGUCCGAACAUCACCGAAACCAUAGCGACCUGUAAUGCAGACCAGCAGAACUUUAAUGUGUCUGUGGAAAACAUGCUUACCCGUUGCCUGGACAACCAGCAGAGCUGGCGCAUUCUGAAUGGCCAGGAGGAGAAACCGGAGGCAGAGCUUUUGAUCGGGGGCGGUCUGCCAAUGAUGGCGGAAAGACACUGCGAUACAUUGGUGUUUCCCUGCAUCCUCAGCGCUCUCCAGUGGAUCAGUCAGGGAAGAGACUCUGUCCUGUCUGACCCUAACAAAUGUGUCAUACCUGUUAAACCUAGCAUAAAUGCAAAAGCCGCACAACUGAGAGAGGCGGCUAACAUACAAAUCCUCAUCACAGGUAGCCUGCACCUUGUGGGAGGGGCUUUAAAACACUUGGACCCUGCAUUGAAUACACAAUAACAGAUGUCAUACAGCCAAACUCUUACACAAGAGCACCACCUAGUGCCUAAAACCUGUUACAAUUGUUCUUUGUCUUAACCUGUUGUCAAAUUCUGUAACCUGACUGAAGAAGAGUUUGGACCAGUUGUGAUCAAAGUGUGUUUAAUUUACAGAACACAUCAAGUCAUGUUUACUUAAACUUUUUCUGUUUACUUUUAUUUAAAAUACAUUGUGUAUUUUGGC